AAUUUUGCAAAACACACAGAAAAAACCGGAAAAUAUUCAGACAAUUCUAUAGUUUUUUCUUUUCAAUUUUGUUUAAUAAUUCCAAAAACAAACAAAAUUAAUCAAAAAUUACAGUAAUAGUAGAAUAAAACAAGAAAAUCAUGUCGCUUUUUCGCAAACCCAAAAAAAUACAAAGACGAGUUUUUUCAAGCACGUUGGAUGAUGAUGAGGACGCCAAUGGUGGUGGCAGUAAUGCAUCUGCCAAAGAUUCACGAAAAUCCAAUGAUGAUGAAAUGGAUGUAGAUAAUAAUGGCGAUCUUAUAGCACCGCCUCCACCACAAAUAUCAGCAAAAUCGGAGAAAAAAAAGAGUAAGGAUAGUAAAUCAAAAGCGUCUACAAGCAAAAAAGAAGUUGUUGGAGGAGGAGGUGUUGGGGAUGUGGGUAAAACGAAGGCUCUAUUAAGUUUUGCAGAUGAAGAGGAAGAUGCCGAAGUGUUUCAAGUUCGUAAGUCAUCACACAGCAAAAAAGUUAUGCGUAUGUUGGACAAGGAACGUAGACGUAAAAAGAAGGAAGAACGUAGUUCUGAUAACUUUUCCAGCAGCAGCAGCAGUAGCAAUAUCAACAACACAACUAGUACCAAUGACACCCAUCAUAGUAACCAUCAAAAUAGGGAACGUGAAAAUGGGUCACGUAAUAGUAAUUCUCAUAAUUUAGGUUCAUCUUCGACGUCAACACAUACAACUAGUUCUUCGGAACAUAGUAAAAGUAAUAAAAGUGAUAAAAUCCAAACAGAAAUACGCACAGACGACUUUGUGCUGGUGGUGAAAAAAUCUGAACCGGAGAUAAUUUUAAAUGGUCGUGCCGCCCUGUGUGCUGGCCGCAAUGACUUGUCUGAUGAAGAUCAAGAACAAAGUGAUAAUGAUCGUGAUGACAGCAAACAUAGAUUUGCAAAACCAGAUCAUUUAAAACAAAUGUUGGAAAGCGGUUCUAUACCCGAUGCGGCCAUGAUACAUGCAGCCCGCAAGAGAAGACAAAAGGCCAGGGAGCAAGGUGAUUUCAUAACCAUAGAGGAACCUAAGGUGGAAACUAAAAAGGGUAGCCGUUUGGCCAGAGAAGAUAUAGAGGGCGAUAACUCGGAUGAUGAGGAACGUGUGGAUAUGAAUGCUAUAACUGGCAUCAAGGAACGCGAAGAAAGACGUGAAAAAUUCUAUGCUGUUGAAAAAGAUUAUUCUGAGGAAGACUCAGAUUGUGAAACCCAUGAAUGGGAAAAUCAACAGAUUCGUAAAGGUGUAACAGGUGCUCAAUUGGUUAAUGCUCAACAUGAAUCGGUCUUGUCGCGUUUCAUGAUUAAAUCGACUAUGGAAAAUGCUUUGGAAGGUCCUCCACAACCCCAGACUACAUCCUCUUUACUGGAGCAAGCCUAUGCUAAGUGUACAUUGGAGAAGCCUCAGCAAAUCUUAAAUGCCAACAAACCCAAGAAGGAUAAAACCAAAGCUACCGUUCUGAGAUCUCCCCAAGAGAUACGUAAUGCUAUAGGAGAGCGUUUGAAUAAAUUAAAGGAACUAAAUACAAAUCAUUUGGAGGAUAUCGAGAGAAUUGACAGGGAAAUGCAAGCCAUGAAAUUAGAGGAAAUGGAUUGUAAACAAAAAGCUCCCACAGCAGCUGCAAAAUAUAGAUUUUAUCAAGAAAUUAAGUGCUAUGUUACUGAUUUAAUAGACUGUCUCAAUGAAAAGUCACCCAUAAUAGUGGAUUUGGAGAAACGUUGUCUACAAUUCUUUGGCAAACAUCAGCACUUCUUAAUAGAUCGCCGAAGACAGGAUGUGCGAGAUCAGGCCAAGGAAAUGGCUGAUGCAGCCAAACCUUCUUCCACACGUCGUGGUGAUGAGUAUGACGAACAGGUACGCCGUGCUGCCGAACGUGAGGGUAGACGUACUAGACGUCGUUGUGAACGUGAACGUCAAGAUACUUUAAGUUCACAUUUAGAUGGCAUGUCUUCAGAUGAGGAAACUUCCGAUCGUUAUCAAGAAUUAUUUCAAACUGAAUUAGAAGAACUUAUUAAGGAGGGCUUGGAAAUUAUGAACGAUGUUACCGAUGAAUUUAGUAAAAUUGAUAUAAUUUUAACGAAGUUCUAUGCCUGGCGUAAAACUGAUAUGCCUUCCUAUAAAGAUGCUUUUGUGAGCUUGUGUUUGCCAAAGAUUCUUGGACCUCUGAUACGACUUGAAAUGUUGACAUGGUCACCUUUGUUGGCCGAUUUUAAAGAUAUCGAGAAACUGAAUUGGUACUCAGCAGCCAUGCUUUAUGCUUGGAGCGAAGAUGAGACAGAGGAAUCGCUUAAACAAGAUCCUGAUGUUAAUUUGGUGCCCACACUGCUAGAGAAAAUAAUUCUACCCAAAUUAAUAGAUAUAGUGACACAUUGUUGGGAUCCUUUAUCCACUACACAAUCAUUACGUUUGAUUGGUUUCAUAAAUCGUUUGGGUCGUGAUUUUCCUUUAAAAGAAGAGGGCAAGACAUUGCAACAAUUGUUUAAUGCCAUUUUAGAGAAAAUGAAAUUGGCCUUGGAGAAUGAUGUUUUCAUACCCAUAUUUCCCAAACAGGUGCAAGAAAACAAGACCUCAUUCUUUCAGCGUCAAUUUUGCAGUGGUUUAAAACUGUUUCGUAACUUUUUAUCAUGGCAGGGCAUUAUAGCCGAUACACCUUUAAGGGAAAUGGCUAUAGGAUCUCUACUUAAUCGUUAUUUAUUAUUAGCUAUGAGGGUUUGCACACCCAACGAUGCUAUAAGCAAAGCUUAUAUUAUUGUCAACACUUUACCGACCGUCUGGCUACAGCCAGAUUCUGAAUGUUUAAAAAACUUACAAUUACUUAUAACUUACAUUAAACAGACUUUAGAAUCCUGUGAUGCUAACAAUCCCUUAUUUAUGCAAACUAGUGAUAAGGCCAAACAAAUCUUACAAAGACUUCAUAGUAAUAAUUAAAAUUCAUCGGUUGACUAACAAAAUGAAUAUUUGCAUUUUUUCGCCAUUAAAUGAGAAAUAAAUUUAACUUAAUUUUACUUAAAAAGGAAAAAAAAAACAAAUUAAAAUCAAUCAUAAAUAGUUGUUUCAAAUUGUUCUUGUAAAUAUUUAAAAAAAAAAUUCAUAAAAAUAAAAGUUUUCUAUUAA